AUGGCCGGUCGCAUUUCUUGUUUGUGCAAGGGGGUCACGCAGGAGGUCGUGCUGGGACCGUUGUCAGGCCGCUCAAUUCUCGAUCUCUGUCACUGCACCACUUGUCGCGCCGUCUCUGGGCAGUUGUGUUCUUCAUACUAUCCCCUGCAAUCACGGCCUCCAAACCUGGAAUCCCUUGGCGAAUACCAAGAAUCACCUUGUAUAAGCCGCUACUUUUGUAAAACUUGUGGUGCCCAUGUCUUCGCCCGUCAAAAGCAAACGGAGCAGUACUUUGUCGCUGCAGGACUAUGGGAGGAAAACCCACCCCCGUUCCAAUUGAUACGACAUUGGCAGGCGAAAGACACUCGGGACAGAGGCCUAAGCGCCUUUUUUCCUGUCGAUCCAGGAGCUACCAGCCCCGGCUGUUAUCUGUACGCCGAUACACACUGCCAGCAAGGCCGGGAGGAUGAAAGAAAGAUCGAGGAAUGGACCGAGGAUGACCGCCGGUUGCCAGCUGGGUGUCACUGUGGGGGCAUUGAAUUCUACGUCACAUCGUCGGAUCCCGGCUCGAACGACGCGUCCUCCCCCUGGCCUGACCUGCUGGUUCCCUACCAUUCAGGUUCACCCGAAAACCCUGCGGAUGUGAAAUGGUGGCUGCGAGAUGAAGGCAAAAAAUAUCUGGCUGGCACUUGUGCCUGUCGAUCGUGCCGUCUGGCGAGCGGGUUUCCAAUUCAGACAUGGGCUUUCAUACCCAAAUCAAACCUCCAAAACGCGGACGGUACUGCGUUAUCAUUUGGUUUGGGUACCAUGAGGCAAUAUGAAAGCUCGCCGGGGAUUUACCGAGAGUUCUGUGGCCGCUGCGGUGCAACUGUUUUCUGGCACUGCGAAGAGCGACCUUUACUGAUCGACGUGAGUGUCGGUCUGUUGCGAGCGAAAAGCGGUGCUCGAGCUGAAGACUGGGUUGAAUGGCAUCUUGGCCGAGUCAGCUUCUCGGGAAUGGCCGUGGAUCCAAAGCUUAUCCAUCAGCUGGAGGCGGGAUUGAAAAUUUGGGAAGCGAAUAGAUAG